AUGAGCCUGUGCGGAGCUUCGCCGCCGCCGGGGGGCGGCGGGGCGCGGGAAGCAGACCCCAGCAGCGUGGGAAUGAUGGAAGGCGCGUUUUUCGUGGGACGGACGGAACUGCUGGAGUGGCUGAACAGCAGCCUGCAGCUGAAACUCUCGAAAGUGGAGGAGUGCGCGUCGGGGUGCGUGUACCUGCAGGCGCUGGACUGGCUGCUGGGGCCGCGCAGCCGCGUGGCCAUGGCCAAGGUCAAGUGGGGCGCCAAGCUCGAGUACGAGUUCGUGCACAACUACAAGCUGCUGCAGGCCGCCUUCGACGCCCACCAAGUCCACAAGCACAUUGAAGUCAACAAGCUCGUCAAGGCCAAGUACCAGGACAACUUGGAGUUUCUCCAGUGGCUCAAGGCCUUCUGCGACAGGCAGGCGCCCCUCUACGCCACCGACGUCCCCUACGACCCCCUCGAGCGCAGGCGGCUUGGCAUCGGCCCCUUCCCCGCGUGGGCCCCCGUGGGGCCCGAGGGGCCCCCCAAGAAGCCGGCUGCUGCUGCGUACGCGUCCUCAACAGCAGCAGCCAAGCCUGCAGCAGCAGCACACGCGUCCUCCCGCUGCCGCGUGCAGCAGCAGCAGCAGCAGCAGAGGGCCGGGCCUGGGGGCUCCGGCGCGAGCGCGGGCUCCUCGCAGAAGCGGCAGCAGCAGCAGCACGCUCAGCAGGAGCCGCAGCAGCCUUCGCAGCAGCGCUUCCGGGGCGACGCUGCAGCAGCAGCAGCAGCAGCAGCAGUGGAGACGCUGCAGGGCGAGCUGCAGCAAGCCGUGCUCGAGCGGGACUUCUACUACGGCAAACUCCGCAGAAUUGAAAUUCUCUGCGAAGCCCCGGGGCAAACAGCCUUGAGUGUGGAGCAGGUGCAGGCCAUUUUGUAUGCAAAAGAUGACCCCGAGGAGCCCCUAGAGGGCACCAACUAG